AUGGCCGGUCCACACGAUGGCCCUAAAGAUUUUAAUGAUCCUCAAGCUGACGAAAAGAAGAGAUUAGAUAGAUAUGUUUCACUGCUGUGUGUUGCAGUCGUCGAUUUGGUGAAAAGUUGCGAUAAGAUUCCUCCCGACGGCCAGUUAUGCCAGGCUAUUAAUGAUGGUACAUUGAAAGCAUUGGUUCUUACUGGGACAGGCUUUACGGGAAAAUGUGGAGUAGCGAUAACUGAUGAACAGCUGGAGAAAUUAAAUGAAGUGUCCGUCAGCAGCGGCGCAAACGAUCUUACUCCCGGUGACAAACAUGUCCUUCUGAUGGCCGGUCCACACGAUGGCCCUAAAGAUUUUAAUGAUUCUCAAGCUGACGAAAAGAAGAGAUUAGAUAGAUAUGUUUCACUGCUGUGGUUAAAGACCGGUAUACUUGGCUCAGCUUUAAAAACUGGAGUCAAACCUAAGGUUUAUGAUGAUAGUCCGUUCAAGAAACCAGAAAAAUUAAAUGCAUCAUAUCAGGUCUAUCUUUUCAAACAAGUAACUGACCGAAUAUUUUUAAAUGAGGAAUCCGCUGAUUAUGAAAUUACUAAUGACGAAAAUAUGUUUUUCUCCCUUUCGAAUUUUGUAAAUAAGAAUUUAUUAUGCGAGCAUUUGUUAGGCACCUACGAGUUUCGUUCCGUUCCAAAUAUUCCCAACAAAAAAGAUACUACCUCUAUGCCAAAUACGGAAAAAACUGAAAAUACAAAAAAACCAUUUCCCGUUAGUACUUCAGUUCCGAAUGAGGCAAAUAAAAGUGGCGCUGCAAUCUCUUUUGUGUCCUUGCUCGUCAUCUGCUUACCUACUCUCAACGUGCUGAGGGUUUUCAAAAUUUACUGA